AUGACGAGCAAUGAUGAGGUGAUAGCAAAAAAGUGUCGCAUAUGGAAUCCUGCUUUGGAUGAUUGUUGCAAUGAAGGCAGUAAUAAUGAUAAGAGCACGAUUGCACUUAAUUUUCAAAAUGAUCAUAUUUCUCAGCUUGUUCAAAAAAAUUAUGGAAGUUUGAUGCAACCGUAUGCAACCACUCAUAUGCAAUCGGAUUAUAAGAAAGGAAUGCAACAUCAUAAUACGGCAAUGAGUUUGCGAUUUAACAUUAUGCUAUUACCCAAUUAUUUGAUGAACACAAUGUUGAAUCCAAAUUUUACAUCAUUUAAUGUACCAAAUCAAAAUUGCUGUGCUAUAUGUGGUAGCAUAUUUCGAUUAACCGCCGAUUUGGUGCAGCAUAUGCGUAUCAAUCAUCGAACCAAACAUUAUCCGCAAUCACGAAAAAGAAUAUCACCACGAUAA